AUGUUGGAGUCAGAUGUCAAUGGGACGCAAGUCCUGUUCCUUUCCUCUGUCACUCCUCUUUUUCCUUUGUUCCUUCCCUCUGUUCCGGCUUCCCUCUGUUCCGGCUUCCCUCUGUUCCUUUCUUCUGGUCCUUCCCUCUGUUCCUUCCCUCUGUUCCAUUCCUUCUUUCCUUCUCUCUGUUCCUUUCCUCCGUUCUUUUCCUCUUUCUUCCCUCUGUUUCUUUCAUCUGUUCCUUUCCUCUGUUCCUUUCCUCUGUUCCUUCCCUCUGUUCCUUCCCCCUGUUCCUUCCCUCUGUUUCUUCCCUCUGUUCCUUCCCUCUGUUUCUUCCCUCUGUUCCUUUCAUCUGUCCCCUCCCUCUGUUCCUUCUCUCUGUUCCUCUCAUCUGUUCCUUUCCUCUGUUCCUUUCCUCUAUUCCUUCCCUCCAGGAAAGUUCAUCCCGUCUACCCGGAUGUCUCGCUGACCGAGCCAGCGUCGCUCCCAUAA